ACAAGAAAAGUUAGUACUGGGGUGCAAAAAAAAAAAAAAAAAAAAAAGUAAAAUAAAUCGCCCAAGCUACAGAAGCUUGUCUCGGUGUUCUGCAGCCUCUUUAGUCUGCAGCCAAGGACUCCUCCGUCAGUGACCCUGGACAGUAAUAAAAUAUACAAAGCCUGAACCCAACCCCCGCCACUAUCAUAGGUUCUGUAUUAAUGUGAAAAUCAGAAGCCAUGGCAUCUAAGAAAUUUUCUAUUAAAUGUAACAACUUUGCCGUGCUGGUGGAUCUUCACGUGUUGCCACAAGGUUCAAACAAAGAUACCAGCUGGUUUUCUGAACAGAAGAAAGAGGAAGUCUGUUUGCUGUUAAAGGAAACCAUUGAUUCAAGAGUUAAGGAGUACUUGGGAGUUCAUAAACAGCACAGGCCAUCAAAUACAGAAUUCACAAGAUCCAGUCCGUUGUCCUUAAAAGGUUAUGGCUAUCAGAUCACAGCCUAUUUUGUCAAAAGAGGGAUAAAAAUUCGCUGUAUUCAAAGCCCACAGCAUACUGAACUCCGUGUAUUUCCUGACAGAUUUGUGGUCUGUGUUAGUCAACUUGCUUUCAAUCAUGAUACUUUGGCAGGUCAGAGUGAAAAAUCGACAAAAAGCGGUCUCCAUGGAAUGUCUGCUUACUUUGCUGAGGGCAUGGAGAGUCCAUUUCCUCCCCGCACAGAGCUCAGAAGUACUCUGAAAGACACUGUGAAAAGAACUGAAACGAAAAGCAGUGCAGUGAGCAAAUCACAGAGCAGCAGGAACCCUGUGGGAACGUCCAGUGACUCAGUGAUUACCCUGGUACCAGGGAGAAGGGAUGCCUCAGCCAGCCUCCUACCAGAACCCACAGGUCAAGCACUGGAUUACAUAAAGACAGCCCAGAGCCACCCGGGGCUUCCUGUUCAAAAGCUGGAAAAUGUUAAUCAGACCCAGCCAGAAGACACUAGAAGCCAGCACAAACCUCAUCCUGGGGUGCGGUUAAAGACAGGGCUGCUAAGCAGGAGCCCUGUCUAUAGCUGUGAGUCAGCACUAACAGGUCCAAAGCAAAGUCCAUGACCAGCCAAAACACAACAGAAAGGCAGGAACUGCAGCUCUGUGGAAGACUCCGACCACCUCAAGCGUUCUCUUGGAAGUGAUUGAUCAGUCCCCAGACAAGUAAGAGUGGAGAAAAGCACAGCUGUGGAUACUUUGCCAACUUCACAUUUGUCAGAUACGGGGUUACAUUUGAAACAAGAUUUGGCACUAGUCAUGUCUAAGGAAGAGCUGCAUGUUUUGGAAAAGCUCUCCUCCAGACAUAUUAUGAAAAAUAACCCAAUGCAGGCACAGCAAACCAGCUCAGCCACAACCACUGAAAGAUUAGCUACUAUUCAGGGUAGCCUGACCAAGAAAAGAAAGAAAUUGCAAAGGAUUGCAAAGCUGUAGCUGAGGAAGUCAUGGCCAAAUGUGUGACAAGAAAGCUGUGUGUAUAGUUGCUAAAACUUAAAAGGAAUUAAUUAGCUAAUUAUUUCAAAUCAAAAAUAUUUGAGAAUUAACCUUUACAUAGUAACCUCAAGGAGACUAUAUGCUUUUUUUUUCUACUCAUACUUGGUGACUGUCUUUAGACAUUGUUUCAUUGACAAAGAGCCAUCUAUUUGCUGAAGAUAGAAGAGAAGCCAUGUGUGUAAGGACUGUGUGGAGAACUAGUCAUACUUGGCCCCUCCCCACAUGACUGAAGACUUCAUGAUAAAACAUGGAGAAAUGGUGGCAUGUGCUAUGGUUCAGUUCUAGCAAUGCAGUUAGUUCUCUUAUUCCUUAAAAUGAGUG